AUGUGUCUGAUGGAGAAUAGACGACGAGCCAAUCGCGAGGUGUUUGCACUGCGACGCACCAUUGGCAGCCCUUGGACGACUUUACCCGGAAAAAAUAUUUGUCAAAGAAGCAUUAUUACUCCCAUGACUCCGUAUUAUUGGCAAAUUUUAAGAAAAGUGUCGGAAAUGGUUCCCCGUGGGGUAAAAAUUGAGUCUUCUUGCAGACGAAGGCAUGUGGAGGUGGUGGAUAUAGAGCCAAUGGGAACCGUUCGGGGCAGCUAA